AUGAAGUCGGCUACGAAGCGGGUCACCUGGCCCAGGAAGCCGGUGCUGCAGCAUGGUCUGGAACUCAGAGUCGUAGCGCUGGUUGAUGUCAUCCCCGAUGAUGGCGAGCUGCCGACCCACCUGCCCCAUGGUGCUGGAGGAACGGGAGCCAGCCUGGUGGGGAGCAGGGGCAGCCCAAAGAGCUCUGACAAUGCCCUGAUGCGGAGCCAGGUGUGCCCCUCACAAGAGCAAGAUGCCACCCCCCUGAUGAGGAACCGCCAGGGAAAGGUGGAGAGGAAGGAGCCAAGGCUGCCCACCACAGUACCCUACGCGCUGUCUGUGGCCUUGCCGCCGCACGGUCCCUCGGGGCUAGGGAUGGGGGACCCAGGGGCCCAGACCCCCACCCCCAUGGAGGUCCUGAGGGUGGGGGCCCAGGGUGGCGAGGUGAAGCCCAUCCUGCUCCGGGGAAGCCAGGAGGUACUGGGCAACUGGUCUGAGAAGGAGGAAAGGGAAGAGAAGGAGGAUGCGGUAGGGGAGGCCUCCAGGGAUACCAGGAUCGCAGACAGGGGCCACUUUGCCCAAGCCGUGGAGGUGGAACAAGGAUGCCCACAGAGGGCCACGGGGCCACUGGAGGUCAGCCCCAAGACCUUCACCAGGGACGAGGAGAAGGAGUGUCCUCUUGACGGAGACCUCAGGCUGGCCUCUUCAAAACUGGGGGCAGCUCCUUGGAACCGCCUCCUCACCUUGUACAAGCAGCUUCAGAAAUCAGCCAUGACCAAGUUUCCUCUCAAGGAAGGCUUGCCUGAUGAGAAAGGCAAGGAAAAGGAAACGGAGGAAGAGGACAGCUCAUUCAAGCUCUGUGUCCCAGGCAUUGUCACCCUACAGUCACCGCUGCAUAAGACUUUUAGGUCAACAGAUACAGUGGGAAGUGAGAACACGCACACUCAAGCACGCAGGAGGGAGCCCACUGGCCAGGGAGUUUCCUGGGGAAGUCAUGGAGGUGGGGAGGUCGUUAUGCGGCCAGCUCCAGGUUUCGUGGAGUCGGAGUUAAAGAAGCUUCUGGCAGUACAACGGGAGUCCCGCCUCUGGAAGAUGGGCAGCCACGAGGGCCGAGAGCUGCUGACCCAGCCAGAGAUCACCCUGGAGGAGGCGGGCAUUGUGGAUGGCCAGGGACACCAAGCUGAGGGGGAAGGAAGCCAUCCCCCAGCCUUUGGGGAAUGCUGGGGACCUAGGGGAGGGGCGCUGAGGCAGCUGAAGCACCACCCUAGGCUGGAGGGAGGGGUGCAGAGCCCCCUUGGUGUGGUGUCCAGGACAGAGCACUUGCUCCUGGAGGAGAUGGACGAGAUGGGAAACUGGCCUCCAGAGUGAAGCUGGUGCUGGACCCGAGUCUGCCCUGCUUCCACAUCCCUUCAGCCUGAAUAGGGAUUUAGCCUCCCCCUCAUGAAGGCACAUCCAAGGCGCCCCUGGGGCCAAGGUGUCUUGAGAUCAAUGGUAUCCAAGUGUCUGCAGGGUGGGCCUGCCCAGCAGAAUGUCCCCACCCAUCAGACUCAGGCCUGUGCUUUUAUUAAUAAAACCCACUUUGACUUUG